UCACUCGACAGCGCCGUUGGAGUAGGAGGAAGAGGGCCCUGGCCGAAGGUGACGCUGAGGCUGCGGAUGAACAGAGAGCAGAGCCGACCGUCAGAGCGAGCCACAGCGACACUGCGGACGCUCUGCCCCAUCCCUCUGCGGUGAAUGGCGGCGGGAUGGAGCACGAGGGGAGCGGCGGCAGCGAGGGGUCGGCCGGGCUCCUGCAGCAGAUCCUCAGCCUGAAGCUCGUUCCGCGAGUGGGCAACGGGACCCUGUGCCCCAACGCCACUUCUCUCUGCACCUUCCCAGCGACUGCCAGGCGCCAUUCAGUGGACACCGGGGACUUGCCGUGUAUUACCUGUCCAGUAUCUUCGCGGACAGAGAUGUGGUAUGGUGUGUUCCUGUGGGCACUGGUGUCCUCUCUCUUCUUUCAUGUCCCCGCUGGAUUACUGGCCCUCUUCACCCUCAGACAUCACAAAUAUGGUAGGUUCAUGUCUGUAGGCAUCCUGUUGAUGGGCAUCGUGGGACCAAUUACUGCUGGAAUCUUGACAAGUGCAGCAAUUGCUGGAGUAUACCGAGCAGCAGGAAAAGAUAUGAUACCAUUCGAAGCCCUCACCUUGGGCACUGGACAGACGUUUUGUGUCGUGGUAGUCUCCUUUUUACGGAUUUUAGCUACUCUAUAGCAUACACCCUUAUACUAUGACAUCGAACCUACGUUUUAAAGAAUUCGCAGAAAGAAUACAAUAAGGAAAGUAGUGUUUUCUUAGUUCUUUAAAUGGAAGCAACUUGGAUGAAAAAGUAUAUGAAGAACAGCAUCUCAGCCUUUUCUUCAAUUUGAAGCUCCAAGGAAUUGAAGCUCUUUUGGACUCCUGACGUUCUCAACCAAAACAAGUCAAGUUUUAUUUUGUUUUGAUAUUUAAGCAGUUUCACAGGUGCACCUUUACCCAAAGCCAAGGCAGCGGUGCUUCUGGGUUAGCAGUCUUCACACUGAAAUGUACAAUAUUCUGCGAGAAAAUGCAGCGUUGCAUUUUUUCAGAAAAACUAUGGAAAACAUUGGUUUAUUUCUGAGCAGAGCAUAAUGUACUAAAAAUCUUAUUUGAUCUAAUCAUGAUUAAUAUUUGCAGGCUCUUCUUUUGCUACAUCUUCAUGAGAGUAAGUGCCAAAUAGUUUUGGUUGAGUAUAGCUUUGUGAGCAAAAUUGGUUAAAUAAAACAGGGGAAAAAAUAUCUAGAAUACAAACAGUGACUUUGAUUCCACUUUUUUUUAAGAAAGGAGAUAACUACUGAAUGAUGUGACAUUUUAUGGAUAACGAUCUUGACCUCUGAUUAUUUAAUAUAUUUUAAAAGAUGUGAAUCUUAUCAAAAUAAGCUAGCUAAUUGAGACUUUUCAGAAUUCCAGUACCACCUUUCCCUAUCACUUUUAUUCUAUUACUUUUAUUUGGUUUAAUUGGAAACAUACCCCAUUAAAUAAUUCAAGUUGAAAAUUCUAAGCCAAAUGGGUUAGGAUACUCUUGACAUUAAGGCACAUAAAGAAAAGAUACUUUGAACAUUCUGUUAUAGUUUUUAUUGACUGGUUUAUUACUGGCUCUUGAAAAAUUGUAGAAGUUCAGCUUAAACUAGCAUUAGGGUUAUUGAUUUCUCUUAAUAGCUACUUAGUCUUCUUAAUUCCUUAGUGGUGAGUCUUCAGCCCAUUUUUACAGUAUUGUGUGUCAUUCCCAGAAAGUGCCUAAAGUUUAAUUUUCAGAUAUGUCUUCACCUUUGCCCUUUACGUUUUCCUUUUAGAGAAUUUAUGCCCUUAAAGAGAAUGAAAUACUGAGUUUUUUAAAACCCAAUUUUAGCUAUUUAAAAUUUCUUCUACUGCCUAGCUUUCUUUUCAUUAAAAGGCCUGAAAACUGUGACCUUCAAAACAGAAAGGAUUGCAGAAAUUAGUGUCUAACUUGGUCCUGACCAUUGAAACUGUUUUGUGUGGAAUACAAUCAAUGUUGUUAUCUGUUUUCAAAAUAGCUUCUGGUAAUUAAGUCUGACGUUUCUAAAGGAAAGCUUUCAUUGUGAGAGUAAGGCUGACAGCCCAUGAGGUCAUGUACACACGGCCAUGUCUGUUCUACUUGAAGAAAUAUGCCUUCUGGCUUUUGAAUAAAAAUAGCCGGGAGGGCCAAUUUACUAGGGAUAGUCGAAGAUAAAAAUUACAAAGGGGUCACGGAAAUUAACUGGACAUUUUCUUUUAACUAAUAGGCCAUUAGACUACUUAUCAAAAUCAUGGUGACAUACUCAGACUAGGUGGGAAAUUAUAGGUAGAGUUGGAAUGCAGGCAAAUGUCCUUAGACAUACCCCAAUAAGAUUACUCUCCAAUGCUCAAAUCCUUCUUUCAAGCAAAUUUUAAAAUUUAAAAUAGUCUUUAGUUAAAGACGAUUUUUCAGUUGAAGGAGCUGUGAUUUUGAAAAGUAGCCAUUCAGUCUAAGAAAUUUGGGAUUUUGUAGCCUGUAUUAUAAGAAGUGAUUUUAAUCAUCUCUAUCAAAGAGCGGUGUUCACACAACAUUCUUUUGGGUAGAAUUUCACAAAUUAAACAGGUGGGCCAUCUUGAUCUAUGAUUUAAAUGUUUGGUUAUUUUUCUUUUAGAGCCAAGACACAAAAAUUAAUGCAUUUUGAAAGAUGUCUUUUGUUUCCAUCUCUUUCGUGUUUUUGUAUAUUUUGAUUAUCCACUCUUCUUAAAAACUUCAAAUAUAAAAUGUAUCUUCAAAUUGAAUGUUUCUUCCAUCCCAGUAUGUGAACAUUCUUCUGUGAAUAUAUGUAUAUAUACUUUAUGUAAAUUGAACUUUGUAGCUUGAAAUGUUUUCGGAACAAAACUGUUUUGUGUGUUUUUUUAAUUUUUCUCCUCAAAUACACAAUUAUUUGGGGGUAGUUGCUCAGAAGAAAAAAUAUUGGCAUUUGUGUUGAACAUUUUACUUUAUCAUCUAUAAAUUUUUAAGAAUUUUUACCAACUGGCUUUCUUUCUUUUUUUUUUUUUUCUA